AUGUUGUGGAUUGCAUACAGUAUAUUAUGUAGUAUUGUUUGUUUGAAGACGAAUCAAAUAGCAGCGAUCAACGACAACAGUUUAAUUAUAAAGAAAACUGCAAGAUCUGGUCCUGCUUCUGCUCAAAAUCCAUUAUUAUUCGAUCAUAUAUUCGUUUUAAUUAUGGAAAAUCGUGGUCACGAUCAAACAUUAAGUUCUCCUGCUUGGCAAUCUAUUAUUCAGAGUUCUGCUUGGUUGACAGACAUGUAUGCGAUCACUCAUCCAUCUCAGCCGAAUUAUGUUUCUAUGAUCGCAGGAUCUACGUUAAACUGCAAGGAUAAUAAUUAUUGUUCUACAAAUGAAACAACAAUCAUUGAUUUAUUAAAUAGAGCUGGAGUCAGUUGGAAAUCUUAUCAAGAAAAUUACACACCACUUCCCACAAUGACAAGUCCCAAUUGUAACGAUGCGAUAGAACUUUCGAACGGUUUAUAUGUUCGAAGACAUAAUCCAUUCAUGUUCAGUGCUGCAGUAAGAAACAAUACAACUGAAUGUAAAAAAAUAGUAAAUGCAGACCAGUUAGCAAUUGAUUUAGCAAAUCAAGAGUUACCACAAUUCUCCUUCUAUACACCUAACAUAAAGAAUGAUGCCCAUGAUACUGAUCUCAUUUAUGCAGGCAAUUAUUUAAAAAACUGGUUAAAUAUUUAUUUAAAUGAUUCUAAUUUUAUGCGUGGAACAUUAUUAAUUGUAACUUUUGAUGAAGAUGAAAGUAAUCCCGGUCAAACCAAUCACAUACCGGCGCUUAUGUGGGGAACAGAUUAUUUAUAUUCUGCGGUCAAGAUACCAGGAAAAUUCAAUCUUUAUUCGCUUCCAAAACUGUUAGAAGAGAAUUGGGGUUUAGGUAAUUUAGGUCGUCAGGAUGUUACAGCGUCUUCACUGAUGGAUAUUUGGCGACUAACUUCAGACUCUAAUAAUACCACUAUACAGACGACUAGUAUUAGUACAAUUGUAUCUAGUAUGGCUAGUCGUAAAGAUAUCGUUUGGAACCUAUUGAUCAUUGUUUGUUAUCUACUAAUUUGUAUUAACAUGAUCUAUUGA